CACUCUAAUAUGGAAAAGUCAGUUCCCACCGUGAGCCUUGGUUUCCUCGAGAAGCCACAAAAUAAGUUAGCUACAAAGUCUCUGUACUUCCCAUCCUUCAUUGGAGGAGCACCGGCAUUUAUUUGAAAGGAAGGGUUCAUCCCUGAUAUGACUGUUUGCAGCAGAUGCAAUGCUAGACUCACUUUCAUUGGUCAGAUUUACUGUCCACUUGGUGAGAAAGAAGAAACAUUUCAUAGAAUGCUGUAUAUUUACGCCUGUCUUAAGGGAAAAUGUGUUGUCUCUUGAGAAUCAGUGAGGGUGUUUAGAUGAAGCCUCGCUCAAUCAAACAAAUAUUUCAGUGAAUUGCCACCAAAUUACUCACUCUUGGAGCUCUCUGAUGCAGCUAUUGCUGAGGGUCAAAAAGAUGUACUCCAAGCUAUUCUCGCAGGUGAGAGAGAAUAUCCAGAAUGCUUCAAAACUCAAGAGGAAAGCAAGAAGUUGAGUUCAGUUUACUUACUUGGAAUCGAAGACGAGCCUUCAAGAGUUACCAAGAAAAUAUUCAAGAAGCAGCUAAUCCUUGAGAAAGGAGAUGCAGAAAUUGAGGAUUAUGACUCUGACGAUAGCUGUGUACUCAGCAAAGCUGAUAGAGAAAUCCUUGAGAAGCAUAGCUUUGAUGAUGAAGCUCUAGAUGCCGAAGAGAAGAAACAUGCCAAGGAGUUGCUUCAGAAAUACGUUGAAAACGAAGCUUCAAGCGAUCCAAACUUUGAACAGACCAAGAAGUUACUUGAGAACCCUGAUGAAGAAGACAAGGAAGAUGAUGAAGAGGGAUUCGAAGAGUUUGUUGAUGAGAUUGACUCUAAAAAAUCAAAGUUCAUGACAAAGGAAUUCGAAAUUUUCUUGGAUGCAACUAAGACAGAUCCUUCACAAGUCGUGAGAUACUGAGCAAAAGGGAUGUUACCAUUAUGGAGUAGUCAGAAGUACAGACUUAAAAGCUCAAAUGUUCCUAAAUGUGAAAACUGAGGAAGCAAUAUGACAUUAGAAGCACAGAUCAUGCCAGCAUUGUAUAACUAUGUCAAUGAACUCGUAAAUCUCAACUGGAAUAGCAUUAUGAUUUAUACUUGAGAAGAAUCUUGUAAUCCCUCUGAAGGAGAGUAUGUAGAAGAAUUUGCAUAUGUUGAAUUAAUCCAUGAAGAAGAAAGAACUAUGGACAUGGACAACUCUGACGCUUUAUUAGCAGCAAUGACCGAAGGGAAGAAGAAGCCAGUAAAACCAGGUAAAUCUGCAAAAGUCAAGGCUAAAGAAGCUGAAGAGAAAGCAAAACUCGAUGAAAAAACAGAGGCAAAACUUAAAGAGCAGCUAGAUGAUCUCCAGCUAGAUCUUGAUUAG